GACGGCGGCCCGAGAGGUUCGGAAGGACGAGCGAGCAGGAAGAGCGCUCGGCCUAGCGGCGAGGAGUGGUGAGGCGCGAUGCGGAGCUGCCAGCAGCGACCCCGACCCAGACCCAGGUAGCGGCCAGCGAGCGCAGCGCCACAGCACCGCCAGACGUCGCGUCGCCACAGGGAUGGCCGCACACGGCCUGCUCCUGAUUAUUCUAAGUUGCAUUCACAUUUUACAUGCAUAUGAUGGCUAUUCGUCAUGUGCAAAACCAUACAGGACAUCUAAAUCUCAUGAACCACCAUGUGACUUUCAGAAGCAAUCAUGGUGCACAGUCCCUGGAAGUGCCUACCCCUGGCAUGCAGUUCGUCGAUUUGUCCAGGAGAACCAUGGCCUGAUGCGAAGAAUGUAUGGUGAAGAAAGACACAUUUCCGUCCUCAGAGCUGAAAUUGUGUCCAAUGAUGUGAAUUACAUGCACGACAAUGAAUGGAAGCUUGGAGAAUCGCGAAGAACAUCAUUCAGAAAUAAGGCUCCUGUGACAAGUGCCACUACAAAGGAACAGAAGCAAGAAGCUCCCUCUUCGUCUACCUCAACUGAAGCUCCUCAAGGAACAACUACAAACACUAAGAGCACUACACAGAACACAACACAGAAUCUGAAGCCAUCUCCACUAACCACUACCAAUUUUUCCUCAAAGUAUAAUACCACCCAGCAUACAACUGUAACACCUGCCAGCACACUGCUGACAACUACUGCUCAAGAUAACAGUACAAGUUUCAUUGAAGACUCUACAGAAGACAGCUUUAUGGGAUCAAGCCUUGUGCCAGAUCUUAUUACUGAUCAGAUUGAAAUUACAACUGACACAGUUAUUGUUACAAAUACUCACAUAACAACUACUGAAGGGACAACCAGUACAACAGCACAGCUACUGAAGGAGGAUGUUUCAGAAACUAUGCUUUUUCAAGAUGCACAAGCAAAGCAUAAGGAACAGCCACUGCCAGCACACAGACUUCGAGGAGUGAAUGCUUGUCCUGUGAAAGAAGAAGUUGUAGCACCUUUUUGGGCUAACAACACCCGUGGGGAAGUCCUUGCUUUAUUGAAUUUGUAUCCAUUUGAGCAAUAUGUUCACUGGGAAAAAUGCACGUAUGAGCUGAAACAAAUGUACUGUCGUGAAGGGUGUCGCUGUGAACAACAGUAUCGUCUUCACAGACUGUUGGCAUAUGACCCCAACAAUGAAUGUCGUGGAAUAUUCUCUGAUUGGUUUAAAUUUCCAUCAUGUUGUGUUUGUCGCUGCUAUGACCUGCCACCUGAAUUCCAAAUGACAUCCCGAAGUCCAAGAACCCAGCCAUCAGUCUCAAACAGCUUAGGACAGCCACCAACUCAUUGGUAUAAGAAGGAAAGUGACUAAUUUUCAUGUAGUAUAUAUGAAAAGACUUCUGCAGGGAACAACUAGUAUUUAAUUGUAUUGAAGUUAAUUUUCAAACAAUUUAAUAUUAACACCCCAAUACUGCUGCAUACCAAGCGAGAUGAGAGAUAAUUCUAUUACACUGGAUUAUUGAAGGAAAAAAAAGGAUCCAAUA